AGGAGCUUGUGAAGCACAAAGCAACGAAAUAAACAAAUCCCAUAAAAAACAAAAUAAAAACAAAAAAAAAACUCAAAUUUGAAUAUUCAAAUAGAACAAAGAAAAUAAGCGAAAAUGUCUGAUAAUGAAGAUACUCCCAGUACCUCGAAGAAGGCAACACGCCCCAAGCCGCCGAAGCGUUCGCCUCGCGGCCCGCCACCGCCCGUGCAGCCACGUCCACGAGUUGAAGCUCCCGGCGACAGUUCACCAACGGCUAAUCUUCCAUCCCAAUCUGAGGCAACAGAAAACGAUCUGCCGCGUAAGCGCACAUCGCGUCGUAAGAAGCGUGUAGUUCUGCCGGAAAAAGAGAUGGAUGCAUACGGGCCAACGCCCGCGGAAUCAUCUGCUUCUACUCUGCCCGGACGAUCCGAACAGCCAGCGCCCGAAAGGAGACGAUCCAUACAGCCAGACCCCGAAGAGCCACAGCCCACACGGUCAACGCAACGUGCCAGCAGCGUCUUUGGCACCAUGUUCAAGCGCAAAGAACCUCAGCGGGGAAGUGAUGGCGAUCAGGAUCCGGAGGCUACACAACAUCGUAGAUCCACCCUUGGAAAUCGUGAAGUUAUAAAGGCAAAAGCGGGUCGUAUUCUCUACACCACCGACGAGGAGGUGCGCGAUGCACUCAUGGAAUUUGGAGUGUUUAUCAUAUUUCUCGUUUUGACCUCCCUGGUCACACUCUCUGUUCGGCACUCGUAUAUGUUUUAUUUGAACGAUACAAUCAAGAAACUGUUCACCACACGUGAUAUGGUCAUUGCGCCCUCGGUGACUGUAAAUUUUGAGAAACUGAUCACAAUACCAGACUUUUGGGACUAUUUGAUCUAUAAUUUCCUAGUGAUACUGCACGGCGAUAUGGCCAUCGUUAGUCCCGAUGGUCUAAACGCUGAAGAUGAGGAUGAUGACGAUCAGAAAAGGCCAGGCAAUGAAGCAGGAGGCAAUGUACCACCAGACGGUGAAGGACCAGCUGAACCAGAAGCCAAGCCACCUGAACCAGCCGAAAAUCCAGAAGGCGAUGCCAGGAUCAAGCGUCAAAGGCCAGGCUUUAAGAGUCAUAUACGUCAUAAACGGCAGGCCAACAUGACGCGCCUCGAAGGCCGAGUCUUUUUGCAUGAGAACCUGUUGCUGGGACCGCCACGAUUACGCCAGAUUCGUGUACGCAAGGAUAGCUGCUAUGUGAACGAUGCCUUUAUACGAUAUUUCAACACCUGCUAUGCCGAAUAUUCGGCCAGUGCGGAGGAGAUAGUACGGCAACACGGCGGUGCACCAUAUAAAACAAUGGGGCAAUUGGAAUCGAUGCCAUUGUGGACCACCUUGGGUUUCUAUCGUUCCGGUGGCUAUACCGUCGACUUGACAUACAAUAAAAAGAAGAAUCUAGAAACCAUCAAGGAGCUACAAAAAAAGCAUUGGUUGGAUCGCGGUUCGCGUCUCUGUCUGAUCGAGUUCAAUCUGUACAACGAGAAUACGGACAUCUUUCAGAGCGCCAAAUUUAUAGCGGAAAUACCGCCCACCGGUGGUGUUAUACCGCAGAGUCAGCUGCAGACAGUUAAACAGUUCUCUUUCAUAACGGACAAAAGUCUGACCAUGUCUGUUGUUUAUAUAUUCUGGUAUAUUAUGGUUGUGUACUAUAACAUAUAUGAGAUCCAUGCAAUGCGUAAAUGCGGCCUCAAGAAUUAUUUUAAGUCCAUACUCAAUAUCCAGGACUUGCUUAUUCAACUCUUUUGUUACCUGGCUCUGGUCUAUAAUAUUUGGCAUACGUUCAAAAUAAAGUCUUUGGUCUCUAGAGUGCGUUUCGAGGAAACCUAUCAGAGUUUAGAUACUCUGUGCUUUUGGAAUACCAUCUACGUGGAUAUGAUGGCUAUUUUGGCAUUUCUCGUCUGGAUCAAGAUCUUUAAAUUCAUCAGCUUUAACAAGACGCUCGUGCAGUUCACAACCACAUUAAAGCGCUGCUCCAAAGACUUGGCUGGGUUCAGCCUUAUGUUUGGCAUUGUGUUUCUGGCCUAUGCUCAGCUGGGUCUAUUGCUGUUUGGCACCAAGCAUCCAGAUUUUCGUAAUUUUGUCACCUCCAUUUUGACCAUGAUACGCAUGAUUCUUGGCGACUUUCAAUAUAAUCUUAUAGAGGACGCAAAUCGUGUGCUGGGACCCAUCUACUUUCUAACCUAUAUUCUGUUGGUCUUCUUCAUUUUACUGAACAUGUUCUUGGCCAUCAUAAUGGAAACCUACAACUCGGUGAAGAGUGAAAUAACUCAGGGUCGCAGUCAGCUUGGCUCUUAUAUCUAUAAGAAAAUAACUGGUUUCAUUUAUUACAUCAUGCACUGCGGUCGUAAACGUCAACAUCAACCUGUAAGGCAACAGCGACACGAUACUGACGACGAUCUACCAGAGGAUUUGUCCUCCAGUCGCUAUCAACAGCCCAAGGUUCAAAUGCGCAGAAAUAUGACGGAGGCAGAGGCACACUACUUUGAAGAUGUACCAAAUGAUGUUAAGGACAAGGACAUGUUUCGUCUUAACAAUCGCGUGUCACUGUUGGAGGAAAUUUUGGAACAGCUGGUUACCAAUAUGGACGGCAUACUGAAGCGUGUGGAAAAUGAAAUCAAGAAAAACAAAUAACAGCCCUGAAGAUCUAUAUAUAAAGUAUGAAUAUAGUAUAGAAUCUAUAGAAU